UGACACAUGGCGGGAAAUAAAGAUACAUCAAAUUAUUGAAAUAUGUCAGAAAUUGACGAUUUAGAUGUACAACAAAGAUUAAAGAAUGCAUUAAGAAGAAGUCGAUUAACAACUUUAAAGUCCAUCCUGUAUUUAACUGAACCGGUUGGUAAUCUAGGGGCAGAAGAUAUUCAAACUAUUAAGAUUGCAGCUGCUAAAAAACUGAGUGUUUUGAAACCUGUAACAGCUCUAGAAUUACACAAGUCUCCAAGGGAAAAUCAAAGACUUACAACUGGAUGUGGUGUGCUUGAUCAAGCAUUGAGAGGUGGUCUCCUGUGCAGGGGUAUUACAGAGAUAUCUGGAGAGAGCUCUAGUGGGAAGACCCAGUUUGCUCUGCAGCUCUCACUCACAGCACAACUGGCUCCACUUUAUGGGGGCCUUGAUGCAGGUACACUGUACAUCUGCACCGAGGAUGCCUUUCCAAGCAAGAGGCUGUAUCAGAUGAUCGAGAACUUCACAAGCCGGCAUGGGAAGAAGCUGUGUACCCAUGGUAACCUAGGGGACAAGAUCUUCAUAGAGCAUGUGCCAGACUUUGAUAGCUUGAUGCACUGCUUAACCCACAAAGCUCCAGUGUUGCUGAAAUCUGGGGCCAUCAAGUUGAUUGUGGUUGACUCUAUAGCGGCCCAUUUCCGUAGUGACUAUGAGGGGCACGAGAUGUACAAGCGGGCCCAGCACAUCGGGGCUCUUGGUACCCUGCUUUACACUCACAGUCAUGAAUACAACAUUCCUGUUGUCUGUAUUAACCAGGUGACCAGUUCCAUGAAACCUGAAGGUCGUCAGCUGAUCCCCUCCCUGGGGCUGUCCUGGUCAAGCCAGGUGACCACACGCAUCAUGCUGACCCGGACUGACCGCUCACUGACCAUCCAGCAGGAAAGUGCCCGUGGCCCCUUGGAAACCGUUGUCAGGGAGAUGGAGAUAGUUUACGCCCCACACCUACCUCCGUUGACUGUGCCUUAUGUUAUUGACCAUGAGGGCAUGAAAGGAUUUGCGUGAUAUUAUAAAAUACAAGAGUUAAAUGGGAUGGUGAAAUCUUUCAAUGAAUAGACAUAAUUUGAAACAUGCUGAGAAUACCUUCAGUAAUGCAUUAAUCAAUUUCCGGAAUUAAUAUUAAGUAAUACCUUUGCCUAUUGUUAAGGAAGUCAAAAUAUUCUGUUCCUUGCUUUGUCAACUGAUCAAUAACAGUAUCACAAACAAUGUCAUGGGCUUUUUGUGUUAACCAGGUCAACCAAUGAUCAUUGAAUGUCCCUGUAAUCCACAAAUGAUAUUGUAAUUUAAUUGUAAGCAUUACUAUUACACAACAAAAUCCACACAUUUUUGGGACUACCUACAUUGGCUUGUUUUAGUUAACUUUUGUUUACCCAUAGCAAGCGCCUCACCAAGGUUGACCAUUUUUCAUGAAUCUUUACCAAACUUGGACAUGUUUAUUGGCAAGAUAUUUCUCAUAAGUUUCAUAACCAUCCUGAUUGCAUUGAGUUAUAGCCCUGUAGUAUUAAAAAAUUGACCAAUUUGACUGUAUUUACUUUCUUUCGAAGAUGGCCACUUUCAAUCAUAAUUUUACCAAUAUUAUUCAGUAAUAGCCCAACUGAUCCCUUAGGUAAUUUUUGGAGUUAUUGCCCUUUAAUGGUCAUAAGUUGACCUAAGUGACCUUGUCUGUUCUCCAACUGACCAUUCUUUCUCCAAACCAUUCAAACCAUGGCUGCACUAUUUACGGAUAAAAAAUAUCCCCAGUAAGUUUGAAAACCAGCCUUGAACAUAUUUUGUUCUCAUGCUUUGAGAUGAUCAAAGAAUUGUUUAUGAACUUAAAUGAUAUACAAUUAUACCACUAUUGUUUGAAAUUCUUUUUAAGCUUGAAAUGAAAUGAAGAAUAAUGUUCAUGUUUUUUUUUAAUAAUAUUAUUUUGUUACUGACUGUUUAUAUGUAAAAUGCAUUCCUAACAAGGGCAGCUUAAUAAAUGAAAUAAAUUUGUUUAUGUAUGUUUUUAUUUUUCCUUUUUUGGCUAAGAAUAAUGGCAUUUCAGUUUUCCUAAGUGAAGUUAUUUAACACACAGUAUGAAAAGAACUAGAUUAAACUAUAAAAUAUAUGAAUGCUGUAAUAAAAAAGCAAGUCCUAGAUGCAAAAACUGGUAAUAUAUUUAUAAACAGUUAGAAAAAAAAAGAUUUGUUAAAUCUGCUAAUUACACAUUCUCAGUUCUCAUUGAAAAGAUUUUGUGAUUUUGUUGAAAAUAAUAGCAUGGAUUUAUAUGUUAAUACAUGGAAAACUGUAUAACCAGUGCAACUGGUCCUAGUGGACAUGGCAGAUAGGAGUUGAGAACAUAUCAAUUAUUAAAAUCUUAAUUUGUAACUGAGUCCUAUGUAUCAAUUCCAAUGCCUGUAAAAUAUAGAACAGCACUUGCUAAGUUUAGGUGCGGAGUAGCACCUCUUCGUCUGGAGACUGGCAGAUAUGUGAACGAUAGAUUCUGUCCUAUACGUAAACAAGAUGUUGAGUCAGAAUUACAUGUGUUCACUAAAUGCUCUGCUUACCAACCACUUAUAUACACUUUAUGAUAAAGCUACUAAGGAUAUCAAUGUUGAGUUUGUUAACAUGGAUUAUGUACAUAAGUGUAUUUUUUUUACUCUCAGAUACAGAUAUUGAUAAAUUAACCGCCAAAACCUGCUUUGUACAAGUAGUUAAGUGAUAAUCUUUUUAUAUGUAUAAUAGUUUCUUAGCUUAAAUGAGUCAUGUAGAUAAGAUUAAGUUUUUAGAAUAGACUUACCGGUAAUUGUUUUUAUCCUUUAUCAACAAUGUCGAGAUAUGUGUUUUUAGUCUCCUGUAAUUCAAUUUUAUGAAUGGAUGUGCACUGAACUCUUAAAUAUUUGUAUUUUAUGUUUUGUCAUGUUGUGUACAUAUGAGACAUGAAUAAACUAUAAAACCAC